AUGCCGUCCUCCUCCGCCGUCCAAUCUCUCUUCCCCGCCGUCGCAUGCGUCUUCCUUCUUCUUCCUCUUCUCUCCCCGGCUUUGGCCUCCGAGUCAGAUCACAAGUUUCAAGCUAAUGAGCAGGUUACUCUGUGGGUGAACAAAGUUGGCCCAUAUAAUAAUCCACAAGAAACAUACAACUAUUAUAGUCUCCCGUUUUGCCGCAAAAAUGAAAACAGCGUUCACAAAUGGGGUGGUCUUGGUGAGGUUCUUGGUGGAAAUGAGCUCAUCGACAGCCAGAUUGACAUAAAGUUUUUGAAAAAUGUUGACAGAAGCGUGAUAUGUCAUUUGGAACUUGAUGAAGCUAAGGUCAAGCAGUUCAAAGAUGCCAUAGAAAAUAGCUACUGGUUUGAAUUAUUUAUGGGUAUGUAUCACAUUUACUUGUACAUUUUACUGAGGAAGAAAUAUCAAAGGAACUUAACUUGUUUGUCCAAUGAACAUUGUUUAAAUGAGCUUUUACUACGAUAUCACCAUAUAUCCAGUAUUCUUCGUCAGUGUUAA